CUCGAGUCGACAUUGUUGCUUGGCGUCCUCAAAUACGCGAUCGACGAGACCAGCAGCCAUGAUCAAGCGCAGUUCCAUUCUUGGCAUGAUCGCGGCGGCGGCGGCCGGUUUGAUUCCGUUUAAUGGCUGGUACCACUGCGAGAUGAAUUCGAUCGACUACAUGUACGUUCGUGCGUCAGCGUCGUCGAAAGCAUCGCAUCGCCAUGUUCCGUUCAUGAACGUCGAGCCGUCGCUCGUCCACAGCCGCACAGCCAGUCAUAGCGGAAUGCGCCAGUUGAACUCUUAUACAAACUACGAAUGCGGCGAGUUCCAAAUGCCCAUGUGCCACGAAGAAGUCUGCCACGACUCCCGCGGAAAAACGAUCGAUGUGUUCGUCAAACGAAAACUCGCCAACCCCGAACGAGUAGCCGAGAUCGGCAAAGAAAAAGUGCUGUGGGUCAUGCAGGGCGGUCCUGGAGACUCGUCUACGGCCAUGGAGCAGCUCAUGUCGUCGUUGUACUGGGAAAUGAAUGAGACCGUGUCCAUCUACACGAUGGACCAUCGCGGGACAGGUCGCAGCAAUCGUCUCGUUUGCAAUGCCGUACGUGUCGUUCGCCGACCUUUUCGUGAUAGAUCGCCGCUCGCUACCCGUUCCUCGCGAACGUUGCUGUGCACCGCUCGUCGUCUCAGCCGCGAUCUUCAUGGUAGGCGGAAGCCAUGACAAGUGGGAGUUCGGGGGGCCUUGGCAUCACCGCCGAAGAAUACCCCGCUUGCAUUCAAGAUCUGCUUUUUCAAAUGGACAACCAUACCAAUGCGUUCUCUGUGACGAGUGCCGCCUAUGACCUGAAAAAAGUGAUCGAAGACACCCAAGCGGGCAAUGCCCAAGUGUUUGUGUACGCACUGAGCUACGGCACGUACCUGGUCGAGCGUCUGAUGCAACUGGAGUCGCCGGCCAUCGCCGGCUACGUCGUCGACAGCGUCGUGAGUCAGAGCGCGCCGGAUUUCGCCCACAUGGCGACCUUUUCCAACUGGGAUAAGGAUGUCGCAAUUGUGGGCGACCGGUUCCUUGCGCUGUGCGGCACCGACGCAUUCUGCAGCGCCAAAUUCAACCAUGCAAAUGUGUCUCAAGUCACGUGGGGCUUGUAUGCAUCGCUCGACAACGCCGCGGCAGGUGGCCGAGGUACCAACACGUGUGCCGACAUGGUCGACGACUUGGGCGUCGGCGCGCCGUCCGACUCGCUGCGGUCGCUCUUGGGCACGAUGCUGCAAAGCCCGACGUUUCGAGAGCUCAUUCCGCCGCUCGUGUAUCGUUUGGUGCGAUGCCAUGCCAAGGACGUCGAGGUUGUUCAAACAUUUCUCGACAAGUACGUCCGUGAAGAAGGGCGCUGGAGUGUGCGAGGGCCGGGCGAAGACUCGACGCUGUACUAUUCGGAGCUCCUGUACGGGCUCAUCGUGUACUCGGAGAUGUGGCAGCACCCCACGCCGUCGUACCAAGCGCUGUUCGAUUCAUUUCGCCAAGGCAUCAUGGGCGGAGACACGUAUGCUCUCGUGCAAAGUUACUGCACGUUUACAGGCUCGGUCGAUGCUGCGUGUGCCGAAUUCAACUUGCCGCCCAGUGCGCCAUUUCGAUAUGAGCCAGAUAUCUUUUGGAACGUGACCGCCACCGUCCCAGCACAUGCCUCGGCACUGCUCAUGGCCGGCGGCCUCGACCCUCAAACAGAAAUUCGAUACGCCCGAGCUCAGUACGCAGACAUGAAGGGCCAUCGGCGCUUGAUUGAGUUUCCCCAAGCUGCCCACUGCACGACGUUUUCCACCCAUCGCACCACGGGCGGCAACACGUGCGGCGUUAAAGUCCUGGCGUCGUACGUCCUUUCUAGUGGAGUGCUCGAUGCUGUCGACACGUCCUGCCUCGACGAGAUCAUUCCCGUUCGAUUUGACAGCGUUGGUGGGAAUGGGUACGCGGCCGCGUACUUUGGCACGGCCGACGCGUUCGACGGUGAAACGUCGCACUACACGUACGUCCAGCAAGCUGCGAAGAAAGGGCUCCAUGGAACAAUCCCCCAAAGCACGGAAUGGGUCGUUGCUGUCGGGUUCUUGUCCGCAGCAGUCGUGAUGGCAGUUGCCGUCGCCGUGCGAUCGUCGGUCCACCUCCGUCGGCUACGAAUCAAGUGCGAAGCCGAGACCAGGUCAACCGAUCCCGCCGUUUUCAUGCCCGGCAUCGCGCACGACUUGACCGACGACGAAGAUCGCACGCCUGGGACUCCUCCGGACCCCGUCGUCGUGUAAUUGAACGUGGAGACGUCAUGUCAUGAGCGUCGACUGCGCCGAGUUGAUAAAACCAGCGGGGUUUCGAGGUUCAUGUGGACUGUUGUGAUUGGCCGAAAUUAUACUUGCCACAGUUUGAUUGGUUGCGAGCAUGACGUCAUGUUUACAUAAAGAUGGGGAGGUUUCAGAAUGGGCGCUUGCCGCCGUUGGGUCGGCGACGGCGAGGUCGCGGCGCGCCAAGAGCAUUGCGGU